AGAAGCUCGCAUUUGAGAUCUUGGCCUGUGAUCAGCUCGGACUGGCAUGGCAUGGCAUGGCUGGUACGUCCUCGAAGCACGUCAGAUGGCAGCAGCCGAGAGUUCCGAUGCGCGCAGGUGAUGACGAAUUCGGGGCCGCACUGGUGAAUUUGGAAUUCUGAAUCCGAGAAAUGAAGGCGAGCAUGAAGAACCAGAAUCCUUUCACCCUUCGCGUCGGCCAGAUCUUGACUGGCUUCGGAGCCGGUUGUGGCGUCGGGGUGGGCGUGGGCUACCCGAUUGCUGUAGGUUCCAUACCAGUUUUGGGGGAUGUGAUGAGGCCGCUUACUAGUGCAGGUUCUCAGGCUUUUGGUGGCGUCAGCUACCAAGCUUUCGCCAUGUUGAAGAAACUCGGGAUCAAAAAUCUUCAAGCUGGUAUCGGUUGUGGAAUAGGCAUUGGCCACGGAUUCGGGGCCGGCCUGGCGCUGAAACCCGGUGUCGUGCAGCAACUUACCCAUACUAUACAGGAAAAGCUUACUGGACUGACGAGUGAACUCCAGAAGAAACUGCCUUCUCCUCAAGUGGAGAUUCAGAGCAGCUCUGUAACGAUGCAGCCCUCCAACAUUCCGGACGAUAUCGUCGUACCAACCAAACUUGCUGAAGCUCCUUCGGUGCAAGUAGCUCCGGCUAUGGCAAUUGCAACGGGCUAUGUUCCAAGCGAGCCUUCUCCACCUUCUGUGACCACCCAAGCUGUCCAUUCAAAUCCUCAGGGAAAUACCGCGGAGUCGAACUCUUCUUCACAUUGCAGGAAGAUCUCCGCCAAGAAAAUCAAAUUCUACGCACGCUCCUCCGACAUCAAGAACUUCUCGAGGACCUGAGGGAAGAAAACUCCACCCUCCGACAAAUUUUGAAUGAGCAGAUUGACCUGCAGGCAUGUAGGAAUCGGGUGGAUGGACAGAGUUUAAUCUACGCUGGUAGAAAGUAUAGGGGAGAUCCAAUGUGUAGCACAUCGAGAAGCUAUGCAGACAACUCUUGUAAGGACUGCUUUGACUGUCGGAGACAGUCUAGAAGAAGGCGACGUCUAUAAUUAACGUUAAAUCAGAAAAUUUUGAUCGCACAAGGUUGAUACUUGGUAGCUCCCAUUCAAAAAGAUUUUGUCAAAAUGACCGAAUCAAAAAUCGUUGCUUUUCUUAACAUUUUCGCACCAUUAUGUGAAGCAUAAGCUCGACCGG